GCGACGUCGACUGCGACGCCGCAGCGGGGUGGGGGAGGUGGCAAUUAAAUGUCCUGUUCGACCCAGGUGGCCGGGAGGGCUCCCCAGGUGCCCGUGGCCCCGGCGCUGCUGCAGAGCCCCGUGGGGAUGGCGCAGGGAUUGGUGACGCUGGCGGGCGUCGCACCGAUUCCCGUGCCCGCGUCGUCGGUGCCGGCCUUCAUCGCCGAGAUCUUCGGCGCCUCCCUGCCGACGGCGAGCGGCGCCGGCUCGCUGCUCGCCUUCAGCUCGGAGCAGGUGGCCGGGGCGUGCGAGACGCUGCUCCGCGGAGGGGACAUGGAGCGCCUGGGCCGCUUCGUGCACUCCCUGCCCACGGCCGAUCUGCUGCGCAGCAGCGAGGUGGUGGUCAAGGCGAGGGCGCUGGUGGCCUUCCACUCGGGCCGCUUCCAGGAGCUCUACUCCAUCCUCGAGUCCCACCACUUCCAGCCGCAGAGCCACGCGCUCAUGCAGGGACUGUGGUACCGCGCGCGCUACUCGGACGCCGAGAGGCUCCGGGGAAGAGCCCUCUGCGCCGUUGACAAGUACCGGUUAAGGCGCAAGUUCCCGCUGCCCAGGACCAUCUGGGACGGGGAGGAGACCGUGUACUGCUUCAAGGAGAAGUCGCGGAACUUCCUCAAGGAUUGCUACAGGAGGACGAGAUACCCGGCGCCCGACGAGAAGAGGCGGCUGGCCAAGCUAACGGGGCUCUCCGUCGUCCAAGUGAGCAACUGGUUCAAGAACAGGCGGCAGAGAGAGCGCGGCCCGCAGGACGGAACUCACUUGAAAAGUGAAAACGACACCGACGAUGGCGAGCAAAGUGCGAAAGAGGAUCACGUGGACUUUCAAGAGCAGCACAUGCUCAACCUUUCACCUCCGACAGAGGCGGACGGCAACACCAUGUCGAACAACCAAGAGGUCGAGUCUCUUCUGGAAGAAGUCUUCUCCUCCGACUCCUCGUUCAGCAAUCAGAUGACUCCACUGCUGUCGCCGUGCAUGUCGGACCACGAUCCCAUUGACCCUUUGGACGACAGCCCCUUUCCAGACAUGGAGAGCGGCGCAGGUCCCGUCGGAGACGCGAACCAGAGCGAGCGAGACGCCGACGCCGCCGCCGCCGCCGCCGCCCAAACGCACGCCGCUGCCGCCACGGCCACGACCGGCAAGAGCGGCCGUCUGGCCGGUCACGUCGCCGCCGGCGCCGCCAACCCGACCCUUCGUUUCAAAACCGCUUGCGCAGACAACAACGCCACCUUCUUCAGCACGGCCCAGGUCGUCGGCGGCGGAGGCGGAGUCGCCUUUCAGCCUCUGACGCAGUUCGCGUCACAGACCGUGACUCCGGUGGCCUCGUUGCUAUCGAUGAGUCCCGCUGGCCCCAUGUAUCUGCCCCCGCUGCAGGUGACCGGUGCCACCCACCACCAGCCCGUGCAGUUCGUGCCCUACAGCCCCGUCCAGAUGGCGUACCCCGCUGUGGUGAAUGGAGGUGCCAUGCCAGUCGUCAGCGGCAUGGGGCUGCCCACAAUUCAGCUGCCUUCAAUAUCGCCAUUACAGACGGCAGCAGGGAACAUCCUGGUGUCGAAUACGCUCGCUGGUGGCGACCUGUUAAAUGGAAACACCAUGGCCACGAGCACCACCGGCAUCCUCAUCACCAACGCCCUUGCGCCAAGCACGAUGCUCUGCUCCAUGCCUCACGUGAGCCUAAUGACGGUUAUCACUCAAGACGGAAGCCUAGCCCUGACACCUGUGUUUAACAUUCCCAGUGGAAUAUAUCCGGAUGGCAUCUCAACCUCGAACGUUAUUCCAUGCGCUGGAAACUACCUUUCGUUGACUAAUAAUAACAUAUCUCCCCUGAUGGUCCAGGGAAUUCCUGGCAACGGGAUCGUAGGAAUGGGCGGCCUGACUCCGAGUCUGCCGACGGUCAGCCAAACGGCAGAUGCCAUUGCGGGUCAGAUGGGCAGCGCCACGCUUUUUUCCAGGACGGUCAGCACCGCGCUGAUGCCAACGACGCUAAACACCAACGCAUUAGCGAUGCAGCAGACGUAUUUGUACAAUCACGCCGGAGGGUUAGACACCGCGGCCGUGCAGGUCGUGUACGCCGAGGCUCCGCCCGUGUACACCCCCAUGCCCGUCGGAGCGCCGGCAGAAUCGGCGGUUUACAAGUCGGCGAACGAGGCGAUAUCGGCCAUCGCGGAUUGCUGCUACGAAGACCUCAACACUAGCAGCAGCGUGGGCAGCGACUCGACGGACAACAAGUCGGAGGCGGACAGCCUGCUCGGGUCUCCGCUCGACCUCUCCGGGAGCAUGGGCGCCGUCGGCAACGCGGAGAAUGAGGGCAAGGAGGAGGGGUCCGAGAUGACCUCGGACGGUCACGAGGACUUUGUUCAUGGCCUGCUUCCCAAGAUGACCAGUGCCCCUGACGAUGACAAUUUCUACGAUUUUGAUGAUUUUUAAUCGGGUUGCGCCGAAUAGCACUCUUUACCGUUUGGCUGAAUAAUAAACACCGAAACACAUAUUCAUCCAAAUUUCAAUUUAAAGCUGAAUAGUAAGGCCCACCCAACUCACAUCAUUCUCUUACCCAACUCAAUGUGCGCUCUCACCUGACUCGCUGUUCUCUUGUCACCUAACUCACCUCGCCUCACCUCCACCACUUCUCUCCCACCUAACUCACUAGGCUCUCACCUUACUCACUCCCCCUCUGAAAUCUCUCAUAUCCCUUUCUCGCCUAACUCACUGCCCUCUCACUUCCGCUCUCUCGCCUAAUUCUCUUUCCCCUCUCUCGCCGAACUCACUGCGCUCCCUCACCACGCAUCUCCGUCUCAAAGCGCGCACCAAUGCGGUGCGUCGCAAACGCAUCUCUACAGAGGUAGGCCGAGGCUGAACAGCGCGACACUACCACACACCAUGCUGUUAUUGGUGAACGAGGUGGCUGCGAGCGAUCACAAAAUGUAUUUUGAAAACGAUUGGAAAAUCGAGGGUGCUGUUACGCAACUGUUCGGCCCAAUCAGAAUAGCUGAAAGAUAGCCGCUGUUUGGACAAAAUUCAGAAGUUAAUAGAUAUAUUUCAGCGCAUCCAUAUUUUGUAUGAUUAUAACUAUAUCUUUACGUCUAUUCAAACCAAAUAAGCUACGUAUGUUGCUUCCCAAUAUAAACUGUUUUGUCUGAAGCAAUGUAAACAUCUGCUCGAAUUUUUGUAUUAUUACGCGGUGAAUUAUCGUAUUAGCAUGUUAUUACAAGUGUAUCAAGCUUUUGCUAAACCGAAGCUUCGAACAGACCUCUCUGCCAAGACGGUUCAUGCCUUGCCUCAAUAGAAGAUGAUUCUAGCCUCAGCCGAAGUGGCAAAACCACAACUCUUUGAUGCUUAUGCUAUUUCAAAGAUCAUCCUAGGAGGCUCAUGAGGGAUUGUGAAGGCUCGGCCCCCAUUCUGCACACGGGCCAGACAAGAUGCAGAUUCUGUGGCCUACUUGACAAGAGACCAGAACAUGUUAAAACCCUGGGUUGGUGUAAGCCUGCCUGGAAACAGCUGCUGGUAAUGGUACUAAGAGGUCGUCAUGGACUUAGAAUAACUAAGUUUGCCACCUAUCCUGGAAUUGUCAUCUGUGGUAGAUCUGGUGGUGUAAUUGUUUUGAACUUUUUUUCCAGUACACUGCACAGUUUUAAUCGACCUAGGCUGGCUCAGAAAUAUUUCCGGGUUUUGGUUUAGAUAGAGGUCACAUUCCUAGGAAUAAGUGACCGUCUUCUGUAGCCUUUAUAUCAGUAUUGGACUGAAAUGUCCCAACGUUUUUGCACAUUUCAGCUGAAGGUGUAUGUUACUGCAUGUUUGUUUGAAGAUGGGCACAAGAGAUGCAUUUUUAAAAGGUGAUUAAUAGACUUGAAGGGCAGUUUAAAAAAAAAUUAAGCAACAUUAGUCUCCAAUGCCCACCUUUACAGGAGUACUUGGUGGCAGGGGCACAAGCCACUGUGGAGGCUGUAGGUGUCUCCACAUUCACGCGGUGUUUGGAUGUGGCACAAUACUUGGGACAGAAAUCACGGUAGUUUUUUUUAGUCUGCGAUUUACUCCGUUCAACGAGGUGAAUUAUGCGGAGCCUUUUUUUUAUUUUGACCGAUGAAAACCAAGAACCACUCACGAAUUGGGACUCCCCUAACUUCCCUACCCCCGUGCGGCUGUGUGGAUGGGGAUGCGAAGGGAUCUUGACAACAGCAUGAGUCCAUAGGCCACAGCAAAAAACGGGUACCACCGAACUUACCAAAACUUCACUGGUGCUAACAUGUAUACGGCCAACGAGAAGUGUAUCAAUUGACAACCCCACUCAUACAUUUUGAUUUAAAGCUUUCGUGACUGCAGUAAUUCAUAUUCUUAGCUCUUUCGGUAAAGUCACGUUGAAGGGAAACAAUGAAAUAAUAAAAAUAUAUA